CCUGCUCGCAGUCCGAACGUCCCUACGAUGCCCUUGCCUGUUCCGUCACUUCCUUCCCGCAGGAAGUUGGACUCGCUCACGGUCGACCAGUAUCCACCAGUGAAGAAGUUGGGUAUUGCGAUCCCUACGAGGGGAAAUGGCUCAGGACAUGCUCCUGCAUCGUCCAUCUCGUCAUUUCACUCUGUGUCCCUCUCUUCAGACGGAGGGGCUGACCUCCAGACUCCUGGCUCGGUGUCGAACUUUGUGGCUACCUACCCAAUCGACCGAGAAGACCGGGAGACAGAGAACUGCCGUGAGAGGGACAGCGCAAGCCUCGAUGAAUCAUUCGAAAAUGUCUCUUCGUCGUCCAUCACCAGCCCGAGCGUAUCGUCGGUGUCAACUGACUGGGCAGAAUACGUCCGGCGGCCGUCCGAGCCGCCAAAGCUGCCGAAACGGCCUACCCCGGGCCCCUCGUCUUCGAGCACGUCUUCCCCAGCGACACCCAUGAUAUCUGUACCGUAUGCCGUCCGCCCUAUAGCAUCAAAGCCAGCACCUCCACCACCUCCGUCCCGCACGCGUCCGCCGCAUCCACCAUCGAACCGCAGCUCGCUGAACUCUACUUCAGCGUCAUCCGACCGUUCUUCCAUCAUCAGCCAGGCCACUUCCAGGACGUCUGUCUCGAGCUACCGCCCGUCUGCGCCGCCAAAACUAGUUAUCCCCUCGACGAGCCCCCAGGUGUUGCGCUCGGCGCCCGCCCCUCCUACCGCCAAGCGCCGCUACGAGAUUGUCUUCGACAAUAAUAUUCUUGCGCAGCGGAGAGCAGCUGUCCUAUCGCCGCCGAUGGGAAGGAAAUCGAGGCAAGCCGCAGGAUGGAGAGGGCUGUCGGUGGACUUGAUUACGAACCCGCAGGAGAACAGGGCGCAGGAGACUGUGGACGAGGAGGUUGGGCCGGAGGAGAGACUGAACGGGCAGGUUGUUGUUACAAUCUGGAAGUGCUCAAGGCUUGAACGCGGAAAGCUGCGGGAUAUAUGGAAAGAGUGCGAUCCGGGUGGCACGGGCAGCCUCGAUCGCGAGGCGUUCGUCAAAGGCAUGUGGCGCAUUGACGAGGAGCUACGAAAAUCUCAGUUCGCCUUCCGGAAUCCCUCGGCCAUGCGUCCGCCACGGGGCCUCGCGACCCUGUUACGAUGAACUUCCUGAUUAGGCGCACAGUAGAGAACUCUGCUCGUCGGGAUGUGCAAUUGUAGCACUAGCACCGCAUGAAAUUCUGGACCUGUUGCUCACGGCAGAUACCCCACGCUCGUUACUACCUUACAUACCCUCUUGCUUUAGCACCACCACGAUGUCCUGGAAUGCUCUAGCAUUAUUUAAGAGUACUCUACAGAUUGCAGAUAAUCUUACAGUGCUUCUGC